AUGGAGCGUGACAUUCGACGAGACCGUGGCCAAUGGCGCGGAUGUUACUCUUUCAAGGAUAUCGUCUGUGACGAUGACAACGGCGCCUGCCGGAAACGGAACGGCGGUUUGAAGAUGGGCCACAAGUAUUACUACUAUUAUGAGCUCGACGGUUCGCAGGAAACCCAUGACACGACUUUGCCCUCAACCACCAAGUGUCCCUACCUUCCUGGGCAAAUAGUCAACACACUCGAUGUUCCUAUGGAACAAGUUCUUCGCAAGCGCAGCGCCUCCCUCACGUCUCUCAAGAUUACCGACUAUAAGACGAUGAACCCCCUCGACAAGUUCAUCACUCCAAGAGCUCCUCCUCCACUGCCCGACAGCAUGAGGACGCGCCUGGGCUCGUCGCCUCUUACGUCUUCAAGCAUCUCGUUGCGCUCCAUGUCACCGGCUCCCGCAUGGCGGCGUUUGUUCAGCCGGCGGUCUUCCAGCCGGACUGGCGAACGUGAUCGUCAACUCAACGAGGAGCAUUGGUCCAUGUCGUCAGACGUCUACGUGGAUGAUGAGAGGAGUCUCCUCUCGUCGCAAGGUAGCCGAAGCAGGGACAUUUCGCCCGAAUCUCUUCAGCGCUUCCUGGCUGACGAAAGCGCACCGUCAGUGCCGACUGACGCUGUGGAAGAGCGGCCGACUCUGUCGAUACCGGAAGACAUUGUGGAAGAGAACGAAGAUGACCUCAACUUCGCCACAUCAGCCGUGUCCGAAAACAACCCCUACGCAACAUGCCUGUCCCCUCCACCUUUCAAACGAUCCCACUCCGACAGCAGCAUGCCUACUGUCACGAAUGGCAGCCAAAUGACGCUGACACAAUAUGUCCACUCCACAUCGGACAAGGUCGAUGCUGCGCAUGCGCCGUCCCCCACUCGGGACCUCCAGAGCCGCCCCACUCUCGGACUCGACAUGUCAGAGUCGCGGUUCUCUAUGUCUUCUGCUUCUAGCAUUGUCUCGCAGGAGCUGCGCUCUCCAGAUGACGGGCCGCCCUCAUGGUAUGACUCCAAUGACGACGACGAUGAGUUGCUGUCGUCAAAUGAGAGCGAGACGUCCUACAAGUCUCUGUGCGUGCUGGAUUCCACAAGUUCGUCUUUGGACCAGCCGCGAGCCCCUAUUGCCAGUUAUAGCCUGCCACAGGGACCAGAUCAUGUCAGCAAGCAGUCUUUGCAUGACCAACGCACCGUCCAGACCUCCAUUGCAUCGCCGGCUUUAAUUGCGAGGUCUGACCAUACACUACUCGCAAGCCCCAGCGACCAUGGCAUUGACGACUUUGUCAAUGAAAUGAACUGGAUGGUCGACAUAAUCCACGGCGGACGUGUUUAGGCUACUCCUAACACUCUGCCCUAUUUCCUACGUCUUCAAUGAUACCCAAUUUCCUUUCAUGUCCAAGACCUCUCUGAAGAUCCAACUGGGGGAUAUAGAAGGGUUUCUGUUGUACAUAUGAGUGAGAGAAAACGCCUCGGAUCAUGAUGAUGAUCGAUACAAGGACGACCAAGAUGCCUUCGAGGCUAAGCUUUGGGCGCGGUUUUACGCCUGAGGCUGGGAGGAGUCACGAGAAUCGGUUUAUCGCAACGACUCUGCAAGAAAGAUGUACGUAUUCAAGGCUAUCUGCCUCUAAAGUGGUCACUUGAAUGGCUCCCGGGAGGAGUCUGAUCAGGUGGAGGGAUAAGAUUGGCAAUCGUCAGCUAGAUACGCACCAUAUAUGAGGAAAUGGUCAUCCAAUGGAAGCCUGAGAUUGAUGUAC